CAAGCAGGUGACCUGACUUUCUCUACUGUGUAAAGCUGUAGGUCAUGUAACGUUAACGCUGUCCACUAAUGUGCCACAAACAGGAGUGUGCCAGAAAUGAGUUGCACUUUCCACUUCCUGGUUUCCCGCAGUGACUUCUGCCAUGCCCGUGCACUGCUCCUCUUGUCUCGACAAUACCUGUUGUUCAGACCACUCAGCUCUGGUCCCCAGAUCAGCCACAGCCUGCAAGAGAGCUACAGGCUUCUGCAACUGCCUGAUGAGGGACACAGCAGCCCUGCACAGGUGAAAGAGGCCUACUUGCGUCUGGCAAAGCUCUACCACCCAGACUCUGGGGCUGCGACUGCAGAUGCAGUGCUUUUUGCCCGUGUUGAGGAGGCCUACCGUGCUGUGCUUGCACAUCAGAGCAAGAGCAAAAAACCUGACUUGGGGAAGGAAGUGGAAGAUGAGGAUAGGCCCAGAGGCGCAGCAUUUCAGCACAGACACUACCUCAGCUACGAAGGUAUGGGUUCAGGCACGCCCAGCCAGCGUGAGCGUCAGUACCGGCAGGUUCGUGUUGACCGGGCAUCUGAGCAGAUUUUGAACUACCGGCAGAGGGAGCACGAGAGGGCAGCUGCUGCAGAGGGAGCGCUUGUGGAACGGGACAUGCGACAGCGCAGCCGGAAGAUCAAGAUCACCCAGGCUGUGGAACGGCUUGUGGAGGAUCUGAUCCAGGAAUCCAUGGCCCGUGGGGAUUUUAGGAACCUUAGUGGAGCUGGAAAGCCCCUCAACAAGUUUGAGUAUAAUCCAUAUGCUGAUCCUAUGACCCACAACCUCAACCGCAUCCUAAUAGAUAAUGGUUACCAGCCACCCUGGGUUGUGACACAGCGUGACAUCCGAGAGACCACUGCUCAGAUCCGAAAGAGGUUACUGGAGGGGAGGGCCAGGCUCGGUGACCCUAUGACUUCCAAAGAGCACAGGCAGUGGGAUCAGCUGUGUGCAUCUGUAGAGGAGGAGUUGAUGAAACUUAACAAGACCGUGGACAAUUACAACCUCAUCGUACCAAUGCUCAACAUGCAAAUGGUUCACUUCAGUUUGUCCAGAGAGAUUGACCGUGCUGUGAAGGGAGCACACCAACACAGACUGGAGCAGCAGAGGGAGAGAGAGAAAGAGCGAGAGAGGAGGAAGGAAGAGAAAAAAAGAGCAAACGCUGUAACUAAGCCUAAAAAUACCAAACAAGGCCUGAUGUCUUGGAUGCAGAAUUUGCUCAGAUGAAAACACUAAAACUGUUAAUCAAAAGUGACCAUAAAAAUGUUUGACAUCAGUGGUUUAUUUGUUUGUUUUUUUUCACUUAAACCAGUCAUUUUGGUUCAUGGGGCAGUAUUUCAGACAGAACUGUUCACCUGCUUUGCAUACAGUCAGAAUCAAAGUCAGAGAUAAUGGUACCACUGAACAAGUUUUACUCUGUUAUCCUCCAGGUAUGUGGGAUUGUAAUCAGGUGAUAGUGGAAGAGGAUGCGCUUCCCUGUGACUGUGUUAGGAACUGCAUGUGUUGGUAACAAAUCUCACAACAUGAGGCAAUUUUAUGAUAGAAGUUGUUUCUGUGAAAUACUUAUCUUAAAAUACGAACCCAACACUGUAACUUUUGGUUGCUAUGUGACAUUAAAAGUUAAUGUAAUUAAAAGAUCUUGUGUAAUAA